GGAGAGGAGGAGGAUGGAGUGGAGAAGAGAGAAAACUUUGGCAUGGAAUUCCGAGGAUGGGUUUUAAUCCUGCCCUGCAUGGCUGUCUAAGCAACCCAGCUUCUGCCUUACAGGUAUAAGCCUCUCCUUUUCUGCCCAUGCAGCCGUGUGGAUAACCAGCGCCCGUCCCUCGCUGGGGGCUGCGAGCAGAGGGGCAGGGCUGUCGUUAGAGAGAAACAGAGAAGAAGAAGGAGCUGGCAACCCCUGGCUCCCCAGUGCUGAUGCUUGCCCGUUUCUAAUGAGUGCCUCCCUCCAAGUUCAGACUUCCUUCCUUCUUUAAAUUCGCAGCGGCGGGUAAAAUGCCACCCACUGACUCUGUUUCCAGAAGGGUUUACGGCUGAGUGGCAAAUUCAGAACGCCAUGGCGAGGCGGGCUGGCCUGCUGAUGGCACUGCUUUCCUUCGUCUUGAAAGGCAUGUUUUGUUCUGAUGACGAGCACCGGCUUCAUAAGGAAUUGUUUGCCAAUUAUAACAAAAUCAUCCGGCCUGUUGAAAAUGUAUCCGACCCUGUCAUGGUUUGGUUCGAAGUGUCUUUAUCUCAGCUGGUCAAAGUGGAUGAAGUGAACCAGAUUAUGGAGACUAAUUUAUGGCUGAAGCAUAUUUGGAAUGAUUACAAACUCAGGUGGGAUCCAAAGAAGUACGAUGGCGUGCAGUACGUUCGAGUGCCUUCCAGUAAGAUCUGGAAGCCUGAUAUCAUGUUAUAUAACAAUGCGAUCGGAGACUUCCAGGUGGACGACAAAACGAAAGCCUUGCUCAAUUACACUGGAAACAUCACGUGGAUGCCUCCGGCCAUAUUUAAGAGCUCGUGUAAAAUAGACGUGACCUACUUUCCCUUCGACUAUCAGAACUGCACCAUGAAGUUUGGCUCUUGGACCUACGACAAAGCUCAGAUCGACUUAGUGCUCGUGGGAUCCACCAUGAACCUCAAGGAUUACUGGGAAAGUGGGGAGUGGGCCAUUAUCAAAGCCCCUGGCUAUAAGCAUGUCAUCAAGUACAACUGCUGCGACGCCUACUAUCCGGAUAUCACCUACUCUUUGUACAUGAGACGCUUGCCUUUGUUUUAUACCAUCAACAUGAUCAUCCCGUGCCUUCUGAUUUCCUUCUUGACCGUCUUGGUGUUCUACCUUCCUUCGGACUGUGGCGAGAAAAUAACUCUGUGCAUAUCGGUCCUCUUAUCCUUGACAGUUUUCCUCCUGGUCAUAACGGAGACCAUUCCGUCCACGUCACUGGUGAUCCCGCUGAUUGGAGAGUACCUCCUCUUCACCAUGUUGUUUGUCACACUCUCCAUCGUCAUCACCGUCUUUGUACUUAACGUCCACUACAGAACUCCCAGGACGCACACCAUGCCGGAGUGGGUGAAGGUGGUUUUCCUCAAAUUUCUCCCCCGUGUCAUGUUCAUGUCGCGGCCGCCCAGCAACGAAGACGAGGGCAGGCCCGAGAAAGUGAAGCCUUCUUCCCAUGCAGAGCUGGCGCCUUUGAACUUCAUCCAGAUACCCGACAGCAGGUAUUGUCAAGACUGCUUCUCAUGCCAAGGGUCUACACACGCGUGUUGCCUGCAUGAGCGCAGAACACACUCGAAGGCCACCGGCAACCUGACGCAGAGCUCCAGUUAUGAGUCCAUGGAUGCGUUGUUUCCAUCUUCGUUUAUAUCGCCAGAAAUGAGAGAUGUGAUGGACAGCAUCCAAUACAUCGCCGAAAACAUGAAACAGCAGAAUAAAGCCAAGGAGACUCAAGAUGACUGGAAAUACGUUGCCAUGGUAAUUGAUCGUAUUUUCCUGUGGGUAUUUAUUCUCGUGUGCAUUUUGGGGACAGCAGGAUUGUUCCUGCAACCGCUGCUGAUCAGAGAUGAAGUUUAAGCAAGGUGACACAGCAAAAAAAGGACUUUUUUUCCCCUUCUUCUUGGGUGUCUAAACAUAUUACAUUGAUGUUGAACUACUUAUUUCUGCUACUUUGAGUACCAAAAUAAAGAUACCGAAAAACAUAUAGAAAAUAACUGAUAUUGUAUUAUUCUGAGGUGUUGUAUAAGACCAAAGAAUUUUUAUGUCUAGGUUUUUCCUUUUUUUGAGAGAGAGCGAGCGAGAGAGAAUUUUUAUGGUUGUCAGAUUAAGCCUUAAAAUAGUACUAAUUUAUUCUGCAGAAGUUCGGAUAAGGAGAGUCAAGGCCAUCUCAUUAAUACAGAAAUGCAGAUCCCUGCAAUUUUAAUAAGCCAUAUAUUAAAAUCAAAUAACAAUUAUGUUACAAGGACUGGGGGAAUGACAGCAGCAGUGCCAAUAUAUAAUAAGGGAGGAAACCGAGCAGGUCGAGCUAACUACAGACCUAUCAGUUUGAGUGCCGAAGCUGGAAAUAUUUAGCAUGACUGGAAUCUUGAGGUAUAACUGGACUAGUACAAGCUGAACUCCAAGGAUGCUCACCACAGAUAUACAAAAGCAUCUGCACCAAUUAAAAUUUCCUCUUGAUGUGGCCUUUCGAGACUUGCAAACCAAACCACCACAGCUAUGCCAAGAGGAACAACAAAAGGAACUUAUGCAGAUUCUAAGAAGUUGUAUUCGAGGCCAUUUCUUAAAAAUUAGGGGUUAACCAACCAUAGAUUCCCUGCUCACCCAGAAAUUUAUGAUUUUUUUUUUUUUUUUUUUUGGAGAUAAAGCAGAGGAAAGGCUCUCUUUGUGUGGGAGAGAAACAGAAGAAACCAGAGGAAAUGUGUAUACAUCCAUAGGGUCCUUGGUACUUUCUGAGCUUUGUUGUUUUCUUGCAGGCGUUUCAUUACCAAACUAGGUAACAUCAUCCAUGCUAAAAGAGAGUGCAGUUUGCUCUCAUUUUAGUUGGGUAGUUAACCCAGAAAAAAAGUAAACAACAGCCUAACCAAGGAACCACCAAGACUGUUCCCACCAACACUGACAGGGCAAGCCACUAGUAUAUAAAAUAUAUUGGAUUAUUAUAUUUUAGCCCUGACCCCACAUUUCAACCCUGAACUACAAAUAUUCUCUUUUAUCGAUACGUACAUCCAUUUUACAUUACCGAGUCAAACUGAGAGACUUGGCCAAGGGCUUCAAAGAAAUAUUUGAGAAGUAAAUUAGAAGGAAAAGGGAAUAUUUAUAAGGAUUUGGAGAAUUGUUUAUUAAACAUGGGAUAUUGCAGCAGACAAAUGAAAGUAAGAUGAUAGUAAGCUUUGGUUUUCAGCUUCUGGUCUUGAGGAAGCUAAAUCAAAUGAAAAGACCAGGAAUGAUUUUUCCACUAAAGGCAACAAAUCUCAGCUACUUAUAUUAAAAAGACUGAGAGGAAGACACUAAACCCCCAA